AAAACUGAGACUUGUUAUAGCACUUGUUUAUCAUUGAUCUUUUGUGGUUUUUGAUUGCUUUUAUUGUCCUCAUUUAUAAGUCGCUUUGGAUAAAAGUGUCUGCUAAAUGUAAAUGUAUAACGAACACUAAUAGAAAUAAUGCUGAAAGACGAGAAAAAAAACACAUUUUAGAUUUAAAACUUAAAAUAAAUAUCCAUAAAAAAUAUACCCUUGGCAAUUAACUGAAAUAAGUUUAAACUGAACUACUCGAAUAUCUAAAAUUAUAACUAAAACAGAAAUGAAAGCAAAAGAACUCAAAUGAAUACUAAAAAUAAAAGCUAAUUCAAAAUUUUGAAUACUAUAAUAGCAUCUAAAUAAAAAAAAUAGCACUGUUAUGUACACAUACUGCACUUUUAGGCUAAAAGAUAUUGUUUUUUCAUAUUGUUUAUAUUGUUAAAAAACAUUUAUUCAUACUUUUGUUUAGUAAAAUUCAGCCAUCUGUUUUAAUUCAACAGUCUGUUGUAUCCCUUAAAGUCUCAAGAACAUAAUCGCCAUUUCAUCAACUCCUGAGGGUUAACCAUAUACACUUCGUUCAGCACAUAACAAAGGCACAUGUACAAUUAGACACUGCUUUCAGCUGAUAAAAUACAUCUGUGCACACUACACCUGAGUGACACCUGUUGACACACAAGAAUCUAGCAUGCAAACAUCAAAGAUCUGUUCCUUAAGUUUCGGUUUUAUAUAACCGGAAAGAAGUCACACCCAGAACCUUUUACUGUAAAGCAAAAGAUCAUCUGAUGUGGCAGGGAGGAGCUUAGAAUCAAUAUAUACUUGUGUUGUAUUUCUGCGUGAGUAGAUCAUAUUCUCUAGACCAGGAAGUGGAUUUUAGGCUGGACUGAGCAUCAGGACAGAGGAUCUGAAGAGCGCUGUAUAUCUGCCCUUGGGUUUUUCACAGCUCUAUUAUGGAAAGCCAGAGGAGAUCAUUGGGAGAUGAUUCUACCAUUUCACCCGAGCUGGACCGCUUGAUCAGGCAGAGAGGUCGAGAUCUACGGCUGCGCAAGCUUGACCAGCAGAAUGCUGUGAAGAUAGUUAACCAUCUAAUGGACAGCUUGCUGGAAUUCCUGAAGAAUAAUGAAGAUCAGCCCUUCUUCAGGGAGGUCUCAGUUCUCACCAGUGGAAGCUAUUAUGAGUUGGUGAAGAUCAACAAACCCAAUGAGUUUGACAUUAUGCUGAAACUGAAAGGCCCAAGGCUUGUACUCUCAGAACUGGAAGAAUAUCAAGGACUGUUUUAUAAGAUAAAGCUUUGCAAAGCCACACGAACUGAAAUCCAGCACUUUCUUCUGGAAGAUGAACGAACCAUCUCAGCAACCAAAAUCAAAGCAGAAAUGUACCGCUUGGUCCGCAAAUUCAUUAGCAACCAUUUUCAAGGUGAAGGUUGGGUGAUACGCAGAAAUCUAGUAAAUUCACCGGCAGUGACCCUUGAAUUUAAGGCGAAAGAGAAUGAGGAUGAUGUGAUGUCUGUGGACAUUGUUCCUACUCUUGAGGUGCCACAAGGUUGGCCACAAGCAGCACGGGCAGGCCCCAAUGUAGACAAAUGGCUUGGAAAAAAAUGUCGUCGCCAAUUUGUAAGUAAGGCUGUGUAUUUUGUCCCAAAAAGACCAAAAGGAAGAAACCUCAAAGAUGACGCCAAAGAGAGCUGGCGAAUAUCCUUCUCUCACAUUGAAAAAGAGAUGAUGCAUUAUCAUGGCAAUAAGAAGACGUGCUGUGAGACUCAUUCCAAUAGGUGUUGUCGGAAACUUUGUUUGCGGCUUCUGAAGUGUCUGAUUGAGGGACUGAAGCAGCAGUAUCCCAAAGAGCUUGAGCCUCUGUGUUCCUACCAUGGGAAAACAGCCUUCUUCCACGUCCUUUCAGACAGAGUGCACGAUACCCUUUGGUCUCCAGGCCAGCUGUCCGUCUCCUUCAUGAAGCUCUUUGGAUACUUUGAGCGAUGUGCACUGAAUGGUUCACUACCCCAUUUCUUCGUCCGCGAACAUAAUCUUUUCUCCCCACCUGCAUUUCCCAAGCGAGCUCUUUUAUUUCUGACCAAUGUUCUGAGGGAACAAAGAGAAUUGGGGCUCCCUGUUCUGAAGGUCCCAAGUCCUACCUCUGCUCUUGUUCCUGACACUGAUGCUGUGAUUCAGCCAAUCAGUGGCACAGAGAGUAUUGUGGCUUCUGAGCGUUCUUUUAGGCAUGUAUAUGUAUGCUUAUUGGUUGUCAUUGUGUGUGUAGGAAUCGGAUGUGUAUUUCAAACAUGAAUGAUGACUGAUGUUUUUUUUUUUUUUAUCCUCUCCAGAUAUGGAGAGGUAAUCAUUUGCGCAAUACAAAAUGAUUGCAAACAUUUCUAGUGAAAAUUAUGUAAAAGAUCAUCCAUUUAUGUCAUAAGUUUAAAUUAUUUUCUGUGUAUUUUAUCAUAAAUGUACAGCCAUAUAUCCAUGAGAAAUAAAAUUGGAGAAAAAAAA